GGGCGGGGCGAGGGCGGCAGCCAAUGGCGGGGGCCCUGCGCGGGGCGCGGGGGGCGGUGGGCUGGGCGCGGGGCGCACUCGGCUGCGCGUUGCGCUCGGGGUGCACGGUCGUGCUGGCAGCGGCUCCUGCUCCGCUUCCUCUCCCGCUGCAGCAGCCGCGCCGCCGGCCCGGCGCCGCUGGGCUUGGAUCCGUCUCCGGCCCCCUAGCCACCGCCCGCCCUGGCCCAGGCCCCGGCCCCGCGGACCAUGCGCUGGGCGCCCCCCGGGGAACCCGACACGGCCGAGGGCCCACAAAGACGAGGCUCCCUGGCCGGGGCCCCUCCCGGCCGCCCAGCUCUCAGCCGGCGCCCUGCCGCGCGUCCCGGAGCCGCGUGAGCCUGCGGGGCCAUGGAGCGCGCGCCGCCCGACGGGCCGCUGAACGCUUCGGGGGCUCUGGCUGGCGAGGCGGCGGCGGCGGGCGGGGCGCGCGGCUUCUCGGCAGCCUGGACCGCGGUGCUGGCCGCGCUCAUGGCGCUGCUCAUCGUGGCCACGGUGCUGGGCAACGCGCUGGUCAUGCUCGCCUUCGUGGCCGACUCGAGCCUCCGCACCCAGAACAACUUCUUCCUGCUCAACCUCGCCAUCUCCGACUUCCUCGUGCCUUCUGCAUCCCGCUGUAUGUGCCCUAUGUGCUGACGGGCCGAUGGACCUUUGGCCGGGGCCUUUGCAAGCUGUGGCUGGUGGUGGACUACCUGCUGUGCACCUCCUCUGCCUUCAACAUCGUGCUCAUCAGCUACGACCGCUUCCUGUCAGUCACCCGAGCCGUCUCAUACCGGGCCCAGCAGGGCGACACAAGGCGGGCGGUGCGGAAGAUGCUGCUCGUGUGGGUGCUGGCCUUCCUACUGUAUGGUCCGGCCAUCCUGAGCUGGGAGUACCUGUCCGGAGGCAGCUCCAUCCCUGAGGGCCACUGCUACGCAGAGUUCUUCUACAACUGGUACUUCCUCAUCACGGCCUCCACCCUGGAGUUCUUCACGCCCUUCCUCAGUGUCACCUUCUUUAACCUCAGCAUCUACCUGAACAUCCAGAGGCGCACCCGCCUCAGGCUGGACGGGGCUCGAGAGGCAGCCGGCCCUGAGCCCCCACCCGAGGCCCAGCCCUCGCCACCCCGGCCGCCCCCCGGCUGCUGGGGCUGCUGGCGGAAGGGGCACAGGGAGGCCAUGCAGCUGCACAGGUAUGGGGUGGGUGAGGCAGCCACAGGUGCUGAGGCCAGGGACACGGCCCUUGGGGGUGGCGGUGGGGGUGGCUCCGAGGCCUCACCCACCUCCAGCUCCGGCUCCUCGAGGGGCACGGAGAGGCCCCGCUCACUCAAGAGGGGCUCCAAGCCGUCGGCAUCCUCAGCCUCACUGGAGAAGCGCAUGAAGAUGGUAUCCCAGAGCUUCACCCAGCGCUUCCGGCUGUCUCGGGACAGGAAGGUGGCCAAGUCACUGGCCGUCAUUGUGAGCAUCUUCGGGCUCUGCUGGGCCCCGUACACGCUGCUGAUGAUCAUCCGGGCUGCCUGCCACGGCCACUGCGUCCCUGACUACUGGUACGAAACCUCCUUCUGGCUCCUGUGGGUCAACUCAGCCGUCAACCCUGUCCUCUACCCACUGUGCCACCACAGCUUCCGGCGGGCCUUCACCAAGCUGCUCUGCCCCCAGAGGCUCAAAAUCCAGCCCCACAGUUCCCUGGAGCAGUGCUGGAAGUGAGCAGGCCCAGAGCCUCCCUCUCAGCUGAGUCUCCUAGGCAGCUGGCCCUGCUGCCCCCAACCCGGCUCGUUACCCCAGGGGUGAGCCCCACUGUGUCUGUGGCCCUCUCUUAAUGCCAUGGCAGCCUCUCUUUCUGGGCUGGCCAGAGGGCCCCUCACUGGCUGGAUUGGAGGCUGGGUGGCCAGCCCUGCCCCCAACAUUCUGGCUCCACCGGGAGGGACAGUCUGGAGGGUCUCAGACAUGCUGUUCCCCGCCCCGCCACCCCGCCACGGACAGUGCAAUGCCUGGUGGUGUCUGCCCUUUACAGUUACUGGUUGGUUUUAUUCCCAAAGCAAGCACCUGGGUAUGCUCCAGGCCUCCUGCUCCAGCAGUUUGCCUCUGCACGUGCACACUCCUGCACACCCUUGCACACUCCUGCACACACCUGCAUACCAUCCCUCUUCCCAUACAAGCCAGGACACUGCCUUUGCUGCUGUCUGUCUCUUGUAUAAGCCUCGGUCCUGGCCCUUUCACCUCUCUUUCCACCAACUCUCUCUGCCCCCAAAAGUGUCAAGGGGCCCGAAGAACCUCGAAGCUGUUCUCUGCCUUUCCAUUCUGGGUGUUUUCAGGAAGAUGAAGAAGACAACAUGUCUGUGAACUUGAUGUUCCUGGGAUGUUAAUCAAGAGAGACAAAAUUGCUGAGGAGCUCAGGGCUGGAUUGGCAGGUGUGGGCUCCCACGCCCUCCUCCCUCCACUAAGGCUUCCGGCUGAGCUGUGCCAGCUGCUUCUGCCCACCCCGUCUUUGGGCUCAUGCCGGCCCUGGCAGCCAAGCCUGCCCCGGCCACUCCAUCUGCUAGCCAGGACCUCUGGGGGUUUUGGGAGGACGGGGACCGAGGGUCCCAAGGUGUGCAGGGGUAGUCCAGAGGAGGUGCCUGGGCAGGGGCUGCUCUGCCAUGUCCCGUGCGCCUAUGCCAUGCGCUCUGCAUGCUCCUCUGCCUGUGCCCGCUGCACUGCCCUGCAAACCGUGAGGUCACAAUAAAGUGUAUUUUUUUA